ACAAAAAGUAUAGAUAUGGGCCAUCUUACCUACCAUUAUGGUUGACUCGUAUCCCGCCACUUCUUGAUUUUCUCCGUCACACUCUUCCUCUCUGUUCAUAGGAUGCCUAUGCUUCUCACUGCCCGUCGGUCCGCCCCAAUCCGCCUCCACACCUGGUGUUCAAUUAUCUCGAGACCCUCUUUCUCGAUUCAGCAACCCUUUUCAUUCCUUUCUCCCUACCCAAAGCCUCAAUUUCUGUUUAAAAAUAUCUUCAAUUUUCGAAGAAUUUCGACUCGGGCAUUCGAUAUAGAGAGAAAUGAAGUUGCGUCGGAUCAAGAUGAGAAAGUUGAAGUGGGAAGCCAGUUGGGGGAUAGUAAUGAUAAUGGAAGCAUUGGGGGAUGUAAUGAUGAUACGUAUCCGAGUGGGGAGUUUGUGUUCAGGGAGUAUGACCUGUGGGAUAGUUUUGCAGUGAAGCUUAAGAUGGUAUUUGCACUUCCCUGGGAGAGGGUGAAGAAGGGCAGUGUUCUUACCAUGAAAAUACGCGGACAGAUAUCAGAUCAAUUGAAGGGCCGUUUCUCCUCGGGAUUAUCUUUACCUCAAAUUUGCGAGAAUUUCAUAAAAGCAGCUUAUGAUCCACGUAUUGUGGGUAUCUAUCUCCACAUUGAACCACUGAGUUGUGGUUGGGGAAAAGUUGAAGAAAUUCGAAGGCACAUAUUGGAUUUUAAGAAGUCAGGUAAGUUCAUUGUGGGUUAUGUGCCUGCAUGUGGAGAGAAAGAAUACUACAUCGGCAGUGCUUGUGAAGAGCUCUAUGCCCCGCCAAGUGCCUACUUUCAUUUGUAUGGGUUGACUGUUUCAGCAUCAUUCCUUAGGGGUGAGUUGAUUCCAGUGGUUUUCAAAAGUGAUCUACUAUUUUUUAAUAUUAAGAAAAGACAAAAGAUAGCAUCAACCCAGAGACUCUGUAUUUGAGGUUAGAUGCGGAUU